AUGUCCGACACCGUCAGUCGCCUCCAUCAGGAGGCAGAAGAAGCCAAGCGUGUCUGGACUCCUCGCGUAAAAGACAUCACCCAGGAUUUUACGACCGCAUCGAACAAGCUCGAAGGCGGCCAACUCGUCAAGGAUGAGUGGUUUACCCUGUUUGAGUCGGUUGGGGCUCUCGAGAUCAUGGACCCGAAGAUGGACUCUGGCUACGUCCCGCCAGACGAUACAUUCGAGGCCGACUUCGACCCAGUCAGACCCUUAGAUCUUCCGGAAGUCCUCUGGGUCAUAGACCAGAUCCACAGCCUGGAGAUCCUGUGGCACGCCGGCUAUCCGCUCUCUCAGACCGUCUUCACAUCCUUACACAUGGAUCGAAUACUGGAUCCGCAGCAACCGCGGAUGCCAUCCCUAUAUCUUCACGCAGCCGACAAGGAAGUAAACGCGGCACUGACAGAAGAGCAGUCGCUUGGGCAUGCGCUGCUUACCGCUUACUGCGUGGCGGUAGCGAAGUGCUGCGCUCUCGUUGUUGAGCUCGUCCAGAGCCAGAAUUACUACGAGGAAGAGGAUUUCGUCACACACAUGUUCGGCCGCGAGUUGCUGCCCCGAGUGAGCCUCGAAGAGGCACUAGAACUUGUGGACGCUGCGACGUCGAGGCUCCGGAAGUCGAAGACUGUUGACGCCGAGAUGAAAGAGGCGCUGCAGCAGCGGAUGAUCUUUCGGACGACGUUCUUGUGCGCGCUUGCAGAUGGUGGCGAUGAGAGUCGGUGGGAGCGGAUGGUGGGACUCUUGGGUAGGAUCAAGACUUCCCAUGAGAUUGCAAAGCCUCUACCGGAAGCAUUUUCGGAGAAAGUCCAACGUCAACUGGCUACAUCUACGCCGCCACGGCCUAUGCUGACUACAUCUUGGGACGAGGCUUGCAAGAAGUGGACGAAGAUGAUUGAAGACGUUGUCGCUGUUAAUCGUUUGACAGACAUCAACAUCGUACAGAGCCCAGCAUCUCUACAACGAGCGAUGUGGGCGUUCUCAUACCGCGGCGAGCCGUUCGCCCUUCCACGAGCCAUCAUACAAGACUGCCUCUUCGGCGACCAAGCCAUCCGCGGCCAGAUACCACAGUACGACCUUCUGCUGGCCGAUAUCCGAGAUCUUGUCCUUGCCGGUGAUCCCAUUGCAGACCCAGCAAGCUUCCAGGUCGAGGUCACGACAGAUCCACGACAUAUCUGCAGCAGGCUUAUGGAGGGCUUCAUGGACAAGGCUAUCGAAGAGUACCUGAACUUCUACCGCAUGGUCUGUCAGAACAGAUGCCGGAUACGGAGGCUGUUCACGCAGUCAAUCGCGAUCUUAGAUGCGAUGGAGAUGGAGGCGAUGAAGGUUGAUCGGGAGCUAAUCAAGUCGUCGCCAGGGCUCAAGCUGAACGAUCCGAAGAGUGGGAGAGCUGUUUCGUUGAGUCCUCUAUCGAGUUGGGCGAAGUUCUACAGACUGCGAAUCCUGGCCUGGACGAUCCAGCUUGGCUUUGAGACGGAGAUAUACCUUCCGUAUGAGCUCGCCGGGAUGUACUGGUUUCUGUCUCGCCUUAGCGAGCAACGAAACGAUCUGAUACAACAGGUGCUGCUAUUCACAGUUGGGAGGGCAAAACGUCUUGGUAAAGACAGGAACGCUCUGGCAGAUUGCCUUCUGAGCGAACAGUAUCUGCAAAGCUUACACGCUAUGUACGAGAUCACAAGACUACUUGCCGAAGCAUUGUGGAAGCUCUUCACCCUUCUCACCUCAACAGGGGUGGUAAAGAAGCCCAAGCAAGACUUCACUACCCAGCAACUACUCUACGAAGCAAGGAUGAAACCAUACCUCUGCCUCACUAACGACACAGUCCCAUCUGCGGACGACUUCGCCCUUGCUACGACACAGAACGCUAGCCUAGAACAGACUUGCACCGACAUCGACGACUGCAUCAAAUCGGCCAAAGAGCUGCUGGUGAAGGCGAGGAAAUUGACACCAGAGCAAGCGAAAUUCGUCGGUACAGACGAGGAGUGGAAAAGGGAGGUCAAAGGGCUAGAGGCGACUUGCAUCGCUGUGACGGUUGCGUGUAGCCAGGUUCGGAGUGCUGGGAAGAAGUAUGGCGAAGACCAUUUGGCGAAGCGGCUUGAGUGUAAGAUUGAGCGGAGAUGGGCGGAGUGGUGGGUCGUGCCUUCGGUCAAGGUGAAGGCAGACACGAAACCAUGA